CCACCAGCAACCUCGAGGACCCGAUGAGACGACACCAGAACAUUAUAGGCAGCGUAUUGUGUUUAAUUUCUUGUAUAUAAUUUCGCCGAUUUCAUUUAAUGUUCUAACCAUGUUGUUACGCUUUUUGAAUUUUGAUUUUCAACGUUCUCAUCUAUUCGUAUUUCUAAGUGGAUUGUUCUUCGUGCCGUUUUUGAAGUGGUUUUUGUCGGGUGUGUUGAAGCUUUGGAACCGUAAGAAAUUCAAGGAGGAUGAUACCAGAACUUUAUACAGUCUGGCGCAUGGAAAACUCAAUCUAACUUUGAGCCCACCUUCGAUGUGGAUGAACAUGGGCUACUGGAAGGAGGACUCCGACGGCUCGAAGAAAGGCAAAGCUUGCUCCAUGACGUUGGCACAAGCAAGUAGAAAUCUAUUAUCAGAGGUCUUGAAAACGGCUGGAUUCGACAGGGCACGGAGUUCCCAACCGCCUCAGAAGAAGACCCUCAUUGAUCUGGGUGUCGGAUGUGGGGAGCAGACUGUAUAUUUGAACAGUCAAUCCCCGAUCCGAGAAUCAGAUAUUACCUGGUGGGAUGAUCAGAAGUAUGUGGAGAGAUUCGAUACCUAUAUCGGCAUAACAGUCGACAAGACCCAGUUUCGAUAUGCCGAACAGCGUCUCCAAGAAUGCAUUCAACAAACCAAAGGCGAUCCUUUAUCGGAGAAACGACAAUUACGUCUUUUCUGCGCGGAUGCAGCACAGCCAGAUCGAUGGAACCUCGACCUCCAACAGCAAGUCCUUAAUGCCACGAAGGAUGGAGACGAGAAUUGGGUCAUGGCCUUGGAUACCCUGUAUCACUUCGCACCGUCACGUUGGCCAGUCAUUGAGUACGCAUCCCGCGUACUAGGCGCGUCGUUUAUGGCUUUCGACCUUUGCCUUGCGGACGAGGCCUCUGGGAUUGAUCGUGCGCUUCUCCGCGCAUUAACGAGUCUAAUGAGAGCACCUUGGGCGAACUUCAGCACGAUGGAUGAAUAUCGUAGUAAACUCCACAAAGCCGGCUACUCGGAUGUUAAAUUGCGCGAUGUUACAGAGCGUGUUUUUGGGCCACUGGUAACAUUCCUGGGAGACCACGACCAAAAGCUACAGUCAUUCGGCAGUGGGUUGGGACAGUUUCACGUAGCAAAGUGGAUGUUUGGGUGGUGGGCGCGGUCAGGCAUCAUGAGAGGUGUCAUUGUUGUGGCAAGAAGGUGAUAAGUGCUCUUUUGAUACAAAAGUCGAGUUUGUGCAAAUCUCUCCCCCUUCGUAGGAAGUAUUUGAACGUCCUCACAGUGUGACCCCUCUUGAACUUGCGUUUCGUUUACCAUCGUUUGAUCUGGAUCCAAGUCUUAUAGACAUUCCUCGUCAUCCAGUCGAUACCGUAUGCUGAUUGUCAUAUGCACUACGCAAAGUUGAAAGCCGACG